AUGAGCAAGUCGUCCAAGAAGAAAAAGCAGGCGCCCCGAGAGUACUCUUUGGAGCUUGGUACGGAGCCAACAUUCUCCAACAUGGGAAGAUCCUCAGUUCGUCAAGGGACUCAAGACUCAGAUGAGUCUUGGCUGAGGUAUUAUCUCGCUGAUAACACACCAACGCCACUGCCGAAGAAAAAACAAGCCAUCAAACCACAGUCAAAAGAGUCUGACGAAGAUUCUCUCCUCUCCCCUGAGAAAUUCAAAAUUAAACCAUCGCGACAAUCCAGCGUGGCGAAUAUCAAGAGCAAAGGCACUGGGCCUCAUGACAACAAGUUGGCCAAGACACAGGGCGACUACCGAGAGCCAUCUUUGAGACGAGGCUCCGGCAUGACUUUCAACACACCACAUGCUUUCAAAAAGAUUCCAUCGACGGAAACCAGCAAUACUGGUCAUGAUGAGGCUCAGUCUACAGAGUCCGUAGCAGGACCUUCCACCCAAAAGUCACAACCCUCAAGUGGUCAGAAACCCAAUGGCAAUGAUCCAUAUGGGAUUGACCGACCUAAAGCACAACGAGGUGAUCUCAACCCUGUUGGUCACCGUCCGCUGGCUAUUGUGAAGAAGACAGCCCCUGUUCAAAACAACGCCCCUCCCAGACCUACCAACAAGAAGGACGGCAAGGAGCAAGACGAAGCAAACGAGAACCAGAAGCCCGAAAAGAGAGAAGACCCAGUGGCUCGUCCGAGCGACUACAUCCCAGAUGAAAAAGAGUCGAUUCUCAAGAUUUGUUUCACACUAAAAGACAUCUAUUUGUCCCAACCUAAGCACCACGAGCAAGAGUUCUGGGUAGCCGUCGCAUCUAAACUCCCAAUUCAUUCGCAGUACAAGGACAAUUGGAAGAAUCUCAAACAUAUGGUAGAUCGGUGGUGUCGUGCCCGGAGGCACGAGUUAAGAGAUGGCACCCUUGACAAGUCAACCAAUGCAGGGAUAGAACUUCACGCUCUGAUAGACCAAUGGAACUCGGUCUAUGCGACACGCUUCUGUCGCGAACAUCGUGGCUUCCUUAAUUUUGUUGACGAGCGCCCAGUUGAACAACCUCUUGACGUACCUGAGCCCGUAGCACCUCUGUGCAAACCUGGGACUUCAAUGACGGAUUUUGACGAGAAGAUUUGGCCUGCAGUCAAAGAAAUCUUGAUACCAUUUGCGGAAAGUAAGAUUGUUGAACUGAUUGAGAACAAGCUGCAGGGAAGAAUAGAUGAGUUGGAAUCGUUAAUUCGAGCACCCACAUUGAAAGGCAAUAGUUCACCAGAAACUUACUACGCCUACUUGAACCAUCUCAGGGGUCGCAUCCAUGCAACAGGAAAGAGCUCGACUCUAAUCCGGGAAUCGGAAGCUGUGAUUUCGUUGAUUGCGGACCUACUUCCAAGUACGGAGAUGAAUCUGCGCCAGCAAUUGGUGGGCGAUGUCGAAGAGCACGAUGGCGGCAGCGGAAUGUCUGCGAAUGAAGAUCACGACGAGAUUGAUGAAGACAUUGAAGACAUUGAAGACAUUGAAGAAAUUGAAGACGUUGAGGAUGCGGAAGAUGAUGUAUCCUGUUACCAGCCCUCAAUUCUUGACUCGAUCGAGCCGCGUACACCAAUUGUGACACCCCGUGUCAUGGCCGAGCUCAAGAAGUUUGAGAACAGAUUCGUGGAGGCAAUCAGAGCAAACAAAGCCCAAGAAAAGCUCGAGCAUCAAACACUUCGAUCUCUCGAUGACAAAGGACAUGGGAGAAAUGCGACAGCAGACGCUAUCAAGGGUCUUGCCAUUCGAAACAAAUCGACUGAAUUGGCAGCCCCAAACACCCCGGAAGGACCAGCGAGAAAGAAAAAAUGUUUGAAAGAGCAUCAACUCGGCAGUAGUCCACCAUCUUCGCCUACCUCUCCAUUCCCAUCCGUAGAACAGUUGUUCAGCUCCAGCAUGGGCAGAGAAUCGUCCGCCACAACGCAACCGACCCCGGUGCCUCCUAGAUCUAGCUUUGGUGCAACGAAGAAGAGGAAGAACCCCUAUGACUUUGGAGAGAACGGGAGCCCUGCCCCCAAGGCCACACUGCACUCUCAGGAGUCACCGGGAUUAUUUGUGACACCUGAUCCCUCACUGUCUGGACGGUCAGACAGGUUGUUCAAGUUCAAGAAAAGCGUCAGCCGAAGUGUUGCUCUUGGCAAAAAAAGAGCUUCAGAGAAUGAGAAGUAUGCCGAAACAUCUCGAUUCCGUGAGGAGACGGCAGAGUAUCAAGCUCUGUCGCCCAACGAGCGCGAGACAAUGAUGUACCGCGCAAUCAAGGAGAUGCGCAAACAGUGA